AUUACACAAUCAAAUUUUAUUCUGCAGUUAAAUGUAGAUAGUUUCAUGUUGUGAUUGUUUUAACUUACAUCCUUUUGAUUUUUGAACAAACUAAGAACAUGCCUAAGUCUUUAAGAAAUGUUGUGUAGAUGAAGAUUACACAGAUUUCCCAUUUCCCGUAAUCGGCUCCCAAAGACAAUUCUUUCUUUAAUAUCUGUAAGUCAACUUUUUUUCUUUUGUUACUUUUUCAUCGGUUAUGACUGCAGAGUCCAAAAGGGCAAGGUAUUAUAAAUGGAUGCGCUAGAUUAUGCGUGAAAGGGACUGAACGAUUACUGAAUGGGAUAUUACGAAGUGUUUCUUGACCGAAAAUGAGAAGCAAAGAUUUUGUUAUUUGGACUGGAUUUUCGAAAAAGAAAGUAUACAGGAACAUGGGACGUUCUUAUGGGUCCAUAUGGGUCCAUACAUCGAAGUUCACACGUGAAUGGACGAAGGACAGUAUCGUGGUGCCAGUCAACAUGAACCGCAGCAUGACGCAGGAGUGCGGGAUACCGCAGGAUAACUUUGGAGCCAAAGAUCAUGAAGUACCUGAGUACCUGGUCCGCAUCUUGUCAAUGACUGUACCUAGUGACUGAAAAAUGUCGGGUACAGAAAUAGAUUGGGCACUUGUGUCCUUAAAGAUUAGUAUAUUAUAUUUUCUAGCAUAUUUUGCAUUUAUUACAAUAUUUAUAAUCGCUCCAGCAACACUCAACGUUUCUAUGAGGCUGCGGGAACGGUACAUUGCAUGGCUACUAAAGGUUUUCGAUUUUGGAAGAAAGAAAAUACAAGCAAAUCAGACAGAACAAGAAGCAGACAGAGGUUUAAUUGAUAGAAGUCAAGAUGAAGGAGACAGAGGACCAAAAUCUCCUUUGCCAAUUGACAAGUCAUUUGAAGAGGUGCAAAAAAAAUUUGACCUGUCUGAUUCAUGUGACUUUGUGCGAUGUGGAAUGGAAGUAAUAAUGGAAGAUGAAGUCACUAAAAGAUUUGAUUCUGAAGAAUUACAGUCAUGGAAUUUGAUGACAAGAACCAACUUGAAUUACCAUUUUAUAAGCUGGCGUUUGACUGUUGUCUGGGUGAUUGGCUUUUUUGUUCGCUACUUCAUAUUACUUCCAACAAGGUUGACACUGCUUAUUGUUGGUAUCAGCACCCUGGCAUCUUCUUUGUUCAUUGUAAAUAUUUUACCUCAAGGAAGGUUUCGGGAAUAUUUCUGUGAACAGAUGACCAUGGUGUCCUUUCGAAUAAUGUCUCGUGGUUUAGCAGCUCUUGUUCGUUUCCACAACCAAGAAAACAAAGCCAAAGGGGGUGGCAUUUGUGUAGCGAAUCACACGUCUCCAAUUGAUGCUAUUUUGUUGACAUGCGAUAACUGCUAUGCAUUGAUCGGGCAAAUGCAAGGUGGCCUAAUGGGUUUCAUUCAGAAAAUUCUUCUGAAAGCACAGCAUCAUAUUUUCUUUGAAAGGAGUGAAAUCAAAGAUAGACAUUUAGUUGUACAAAGGAUGAAGGAACACGUGGAAGAUGCAAGUAAAAAGCCAAUAUUGAUAUUCCCGGAAGGAACAUGUAUUAAUAACACCUCGGUGAUGAUGUUUAAAAAAGGAAGUUUUGAAGUUGGCGGAGUCAUAUAUCCAGUGGCGAUCAAGUAUGAUCCCAUCUUCGGAAACGCAUUUUGGAAUUCCAUGCAAGAGCCUAUGGCGCAAUACAUUUUCAAUAUGAUAACAAGUUGGGCAAUCGUCUGCGAUGUUUGGUAUCUUCCUCCGAUGCAGAUACAGGAGGGCGAAAAUUCGAUUCAGUUUGCAAACAGAGUUAAAAAGCUAAUUGCAAGACAGGGUGGAUUGGUGGAUCUGGUCUGGGACGGACAAUUGAAGCGGUCUAAUCCACCACCAUCAUUUAAAGCAAAGAAACAAGAAGAUUAUGCCAGUAAGCUAAAAUUUUCCUAAAUGGAUUCUUUUAAGACCGCAAUAUGGGAGGCUACAAAAAAAGUGAUGAAAAUAUUUAACAGGGCUUUAUGUGUCUAUCAUUUCUUGGACAUAUAAGCCUUUGUGGGGAAGCUUCGAUUAGAAUUUGCCAAUUGAUGUUAUCACAUCUUCUCAAAACGGCGGACAGGUCGUUAAUGGUGAGGCAAUGAGGUUUUGGGACUCCAAGCUUUAUCUAGAAUUAAGAGUGCUCUUAUUGUUACUUCUUUGCAAAAUUAAUUGUAGAUUGAAAACUUUUUGGAUCAGAUGUAAUGUAUUAAUCCUUUUACAAUUGUAUUUUGAUACUUUUCCAAGUCUUCCUGGUAAUCAUAUUUAUCUGCUAUUUGAUAUUAUUUGCGGUUGCUGGAAGACGGUAUUAGGUCAUAUCCUGAAAUCCUCCCCCUUUCCCUCGAUGAACCCCCCCCUUUGACUAAGACCCCACCCUAAAAUGCAUAUUUUUACAGUUCAUGAUUUUAGCCCACAAUGGAAAAUAGAAACUUCACCGAAAGCUCGAAAGGUCAAACAAAAUAAGCUUUUCACUAUGUUUUUCUUGUCUAGGUUGAUUUGCAAAAGCUUUUGAAAUAAGCUAUUUGAAUGGCGAGUUUCAGAUAAAUUUCGCUAGCCAACUGCACUCUCGUUUAAGAUCCAUCCAAAAUUUCCAUAAUUAAUAAGCCCCUGGCUGAUAAUCCGAGAUUAAAGUGUUAUCGCUUCACAGAAUUUUUUGGUGUAUUCAAAAAUUGGGUAUGUCAGUAAGUGACUGGGGUAUUUGUGCAAAUUCUCGCAGGAGAUACUUCGCUUUUAUAGUUAAUUAUGCAGCAAAAUUAUUUCAAACGUAUUUGUGAUAAAGAUGCAUCUUUAAAAGCCAUCAUUCAUUGAUACCUCUUUAGCAAAGGCAUAAAUCCAUCAGAAGGCCUUUUUUUAUUUAGUUAUACCAGAUUAGCAAGUAUAAAAGAUUCUAACCUCAAGUAGGUAGUUAUAAAGAAAUGUCUAUGGUAACCCA